AUGCGUUCCAACUUCUACUUGGCCAUCAGCGCCCUUGCCACUCUUGCGGCUGCUGACAACCCGAACGCUUUCAACAUUCCCAAGGGUGGUUACCACUUCGAGGUCGGUGAGCCCACUACUCUCAAGUGGAACCCUAGCACCGAUGGCACGGUCUCGUUGAAGCUCCAGUCGGGUGAGGUGUCAACCCCGGAGUCCGGCAGCACCAUUGCUUCGCACAUCGACAACUCGGGAAGCUACACCUGGACUCCGUCCGAUGACAUUGAGAACUCGGGCUACACCAUUGAGAUCGUCGACGACUCUGACUCUGGUGAAUCCAACUACCUGCCUAGCUUCAGCGUGUCUGGUGCUACCGCUUCCGCCUCUGCGAGCUCCUCCAGCAGCGCUUCUUCCACGGCCUCCAACGUCUCGACCUCGUCGGCAAGCUCUACCACUGCCUCCGCUUCGACCAUGACCACCAUGACCAACACCACUAGCUCGCCUUCGACUACUGCUUCCACCACCACCGGUGCCUCUUCCACCGCGUCGAACACCUCUUCUACCUCCGCUGAAUCCUCUUCCAGCACCCCCUCUGCCUCGAGCUCCGCGUCUGCUUCCAGCUCCGGCUCUGCCAGCGCUGCCGCCGCUACGGCCUCUGACACCAGCGUCGGUAUGAUCAACCGGGUUUCUGGCGGUAUGAUGGCCAUCGUCUUGGGUGCCAUUGCGCUCAUUUAA